ACUAUUUUCAAGCUGUUGCCAAGGAGUAGACCGAGCAGUGUGAAUCAUCAUGUAAUAGCAAUCAUGGAGUGUGAUGUUGAGUCACGUAGAUGAAUUUAGUAUUUUUUAUGAUUGCUUUUCGAUUUGUAGAGUAGAUUUUUAAUUCGAUAUUUGCUUUGGAAGCAAGUCAAGUAACCCAUGAACCGUGGCUCCCAGGCUGAGGCUCAGUCAAUCUUGCUGCAGUCAGUGCAGUGUAGCUACUUAGUUUAUUAAGGUAGAUUUCUCAGCUGACUACCUGCCGUUUCUGAAAUUUGUCUAGUGGUCUAUUAUUUAAAACCAUAUUAUAGUAUCUGUAGCAUAAAUUAUCAAGGCUGUCUAUUAAACACAAUCAUUGAGUCAGACCAGCCAGGGCUGUGUUGGGGGGCAAAGGUGUUUGCUGCUCCAUCAUCCAGCAGCGUGCCACAGCCUCCAACAUUGUCUGCAUCACCAAAGACUUUACUCCUGGAUUGUAUACUGGAAUGCGGAAGUGCAGAGAGCUCGCAGCCACAUUCAAGUUCAAAGUUAUUGGGAGAAGAUGCUGCAUAUGAAGAUGCUCUAUAUGUAGGGUCCACUUCUUUCAAUUUGAUUGAAUCAUCUUCGGCAAGAGUUUUAAAUUCUAGUAUUGAUGAAUCAAGGCCAUCAAAACUUAAGAAAAAUUCAGGUUAUGUUGGCUUAGGAUUGCUCUACACAGAACUUUCACCAAUUAAAAAACCUAGUAACAGCAAAGUUCACCAAAAGGAGAGGGCUAUAACAAAGUAUCUCUUCAAAAGUCCUACCAAGUUGACUGAUGUCAAGGAAAAGGAUAAAAUUACAAAUCCAAGUGGGCGAACUCCCUGCUAUUCCUCAACUGCAAAGUUUUGUCUGAACUUGUCUUCAUUUGAUGCUGCAAAGAUGUUUUUUGUGUUUGACGUGGACAAAGCUACAUUUUACAAGAUGGAAGUUGGCCUGCAUGCCAAGAGCGUGAUGGAGCUACAGGCACGCCUACAGGACCACUACCACAUCAGUCCUGCCAACCAAAUCCUCAUUGUAGCAGAUGGCAUCAGACUGGGUGAGGCUGCAGGCCAGCUUGUGAAGUACAGAGCAGGCACAGAGCAAAGUCCUGUCUUCCUGUUCCGCAAAGAGAAGUCAGAAGAGGCUAUGCCACCUGCCACUUAUUCUUGCUACAAAGACAGCAUUCAAAAGUUGUGGAGAAGGUUUGAAAGCACCGCCCGCAUUACACCGUACCAGAAGCUCGAGAUCAUUUCCAUGAUCAUAUCUGAGCUGUUGACUUUAGGAGCCAAGGUUGCCAAGGAAGUGACCUGUGUGGUUCAAGAGCAAGAUUGUCAAUACGUUGGCUGGACUGCACUCUUGUCACACCUUCAGAAAUGUGCCGACACUUUUGACAAAGCCUAUGUCAAGUUCAAGGAGAUAUUCUCGUCCUACCAAGAAAAUGCUGAAAAGAAUCAAAAGCUUCUCGAGAGGGUUCCCGAAGUAGAAGCUAUGAUGGCCAAUUUCCCUGUAAGCUUAGCCAUAUGCCAGAGCGAGGGCAGUCAAGACAUGGCAGCGAGCCGCAUCACUGCCGUCCGCAGCAGCGGCCGCCGCUCCCGUACAGCUUCUGAGUCCCUGGUGGCCAGCGAGGUGGCACCCGGCGCUGACAUGGACAGCUUCGCCGGCCUCGUCGACCGCAAGACUGGUGUCGCCGUGGGCUGUGAGGAAGUCCACAGAAGACGAGGGCAGGAGGGUGAGGUGGCCAUUGCCGGCGAAGCAUCGCAUUCCGACGCCAUUAUAGACCGCACGUCUUUUCUUGCGCCAGCGAGACGCAAGAAGGAGAGUCAUGAGUCUGAAAUGGGAGUGAUGUUCGAAGAAGAUGAGGAUAGUGUUGACGAGGAUGACUCUCCGGCGGAGCAAACUCUACUGCAGUGGAUAAAUGACCGUAGCAAGGAGCCUCUGGGGCAUUACGUCAGCCUUGCCAAGUCGGGACUUGAGUGGGCGAGAGAAGAAGCCAACUACAGCCAACGCGAGCGGUAUUACGGCAAGCUGUUGUCCGAGUGCCGCAGCCCCGCGACGCGCGAAGUGAGCGGCCUGAGCGACCGCCUGCAGUCUCUGAAGGCACACCUCGACGGCGCGCGGGCUCUCUACGACAACAUCAAGCGCGAGGGCGACGUAUACAAGGCACGCAAAACAGAGCUGCCGCACUCCAUGGCGAGAACCGAUGAGCUGCUCUGCGCUCUACAGGAACGCGUCAAGGACUUCCAGAAGAUGAAUGACAUCUUGCAGAGGGUUCAGAAGAGUAAGGUUGAUAUAUCGUGUCAUCUCUUCAGACAAACAAGCAAAGUGAUAUUGCUGGUGGAGCAGCUGCAGGUGGAGCACAGCUGGAUGAUGCUGUUCAUCGCGAACAUGGAGAACACGGAGCGUUACUGCGACAUCGUGCGUGACGUGGUCAACGCCCCGCGCUUAUUUUGUCUCGCCGUCGCUGAGAUAAUAAGAAGGAGGCUCUACUCUAAUGCCUUCAAGCAGUGGUCGGUGCCGCUGGUGCAGCAGUACACGCGCCUGCACGCUGCAGAAGUGGAGCAGCGUUCACAGAUCCGCCGGCAGCUGGAGGGACAUUUCCUGACGAGCCUCUUCCCGGGGCUGCUCGAGAACCCCCCCUCCCACUGGGGCAAGAAGCCCCGUGACUUUGAUAAUAGAAUUCCUCAGCUGAGUCAGGACUACGUGUCCCGCCUGGCGACCGCGGCCCCGCAGUACGCUGAGCUGCUCAAGCCCCCUGAGCGCGUGGACGCCGUGCCCGCCAUACUGAAGACCGCGGGCUUCUCUGCCUCCCCCACCGCGCCUCCUCCUGCCGCGGUGUCCGAGCCAGCAUUUCAGUCCCAUCAUUUCCGCAGCACGAGUGCCACCUCCCUCAUGGAUGGCACUCUGAGCAGCAGCAGUGCCAGUGCCGAGGUCUGCUGCUCUGCUACCAACAUCCACACAGCUUUAGUGGACGCCACUAGUGCCAGCCAUUGUGUCUUAAUGAGCCCUAGUAACCAGAGUGGCACUAGUCCUAGUGUCGCAUACUACGGUGCUCGAGCACUAGUGGGCUCUUCUAACGCUCGCUCUCUAAAUAGUCUCACUAGUGCCAACACGAGCAUCACUAGUGCUGAGCAAGUGGCUGGGGGCACCGUAACUAGCACUAGUAGUGGAGACACGUCACUAGUUGCUGGCGGCGCCCCUUCCUUGUCUGCUGUGGGCAGCGAGCACCGCGAGUCGGAGACAGACACAGAGGAGUUCGACAAGAUGACGGACGCUGCCUUCGUGCAGCCCGCGACCAGCCCUGACUCGAUCGUGAUGACGCAGGAGUAUGUCACGGCCGAGUAUGAUCUUGAAGACGCUGCAGAAGUGCCUAGCCUUCCCCAUGACUCGAAAACAAACUCGGACGAGUCUAACACGGCAACAACCUCGAAAUUUGACGGCUUGGACGAGUCUAACACGGGAACAACACAGAAAUAUAACCCCUAUGCGCUGCUCAAAGAAAUGCUUGGGCUCCAAGAUGACAUUGAAGAAAUUCUAGAGAAAGGAGUAAAGGAAGGUACUGAAGAGCAGGGGAUAAAACUGCUGGCGGCUACCACUGAAACGAUGAGCACUGCACUCGAAAAGUUCGCAGAAAUUAGGAACCGAACUCUAGCCGAAGAUCGCCGGCAGUGGGAGGAGGUAACCGAGUAUAAAAUAGCUGACUUGGAUUCUCAGGUGGAGACAUACCACCACCAGAUAAUGGAGCUUCAGAAGACAAUUCAAGAGAACGAAGGUGACCACAGUGAGAACGUUCAGCGCCUCAACAUGGACCAUGAACGAGCUAUCAAAGAACUCCAGCAGACUCACGAGUCUUCAGUUCAGCAAUUGCAGAGCAAACACGACGUCUCAUUGCAGGAAGUUCAGGCCAAAGCUGAGAAUGACAUUGCUAAGUUGAGUCUCGAACACGAGACUGAAAUACUGCGAUUGAAGGACGAAUGGAAGCAAGAAGUGGCGUCCGAGAUGGAGCAGCUGGAGCAAAAGGUCACAACGCUCCAGCUGAAGGUUUCGUUAAACAAACAAGUUCAGGAGGAGCUCCUCUACGAGCAAAGUAAAAGACUAAAGAAGGAGCACGACGAAGAGAUGUCAGAAAUGAAGGCGUCGUACGAGAGUCGAAUUGAAAAAUUGGAAACGUCGCUUGCGGACGCGAGCUCGCAGGUGCAGGCGCAAGCCGCGUUCGAGGCCAGACAGACCGAGAUGCUUGACUCCUUCAGGAGCCAGGAGCUGGACUUACAGAGACGAGAGGACCUGCUUCAGUUCAGGACCAAUCAACUGGAAAAUCAAGAGAAACACGUACAAUAUCAGAUGCAGGAACUUCUUAAACUUAGGGAAGAAGUUCGUUCAAGAGACGAGUUAGAAAAUGAACUCCGUGAACACGUCUCGAAGAUCUCGUCUCUUGAACAAGAACUAUGCGAUUUGAACGAGAAGUGCUACAUGAUGUCACGCGAGAACUCCGAGCGACGUAGCCAGGAAGAUCUCAGCUUCCAGAUGAUGUUGAUAGAUAAGGACCAAGAAAUUGUGAAUCUCAAACACCAGAGCAAGAUUGCGCUCGAGGAAGCCAAGCAGAAGUGGCAUGCCGAGCGGCUCCAAGCGGAGGAACAAAAUCUGCUUGAACUUACGAAGAGGUUGAAGAGUGAGAGCAAGAGGGAGAUGGCGAUGCUGCAGAGCAGAUUCCAGCGAAUUGUGUCAACUAUUGGCACGCCAGAGCGCGGGGGCAGCUCAGACGACGAUCUGUGUCGUCUGCGAGACGAGCUCAGGAUUCGUCAAGAAGCUACCGUGCAGGCGGCAGUACAGGCGGAGACGCAGCGCAUGACUGGACAACUGCGUGAAGUUGUUAUGAAAAAUCUUAAGGAGGAACUUCGUGACAAGGUUUACCAUGACCUCCGGCAGGAUAUAGUCAACAACCUCAGCGUUGAAUUCGAAGAUCUUGUAUCAGAGAGAGGCAUGAAGGCUAGGUACGAGUUGAUGAAGUUAUUCGACGCUGAUAUACAGAAGGUAAUUCCUGAAUUAUUCACUGAGAAGGAAGUUGUUUGUGAGGUUCUUCCACCCAUGACCCAGAAGAUGUUGAAAGAUGCCUGCGUAGCUGAGCUCGAAUUCAGGAUUAGCGUGGCCGAUGUAAAACUUGCAAGCGAACACGGGCCUAGAGUGAGUCUUGGAGAAGAAGCGGGAGAACCUUCUUCUGAAAACAGAAGAGAAUGCACAGCAUUUUCGAACAUGUCAGGCUUGGUCCAUAGUGUCAAAACCUCUUGGAUUGAAACAAAACGAGCCUUAGAGGAUCAAAUCAAACAACAGCAAGAUAGUAUGGUGCUUCUGCAAACAGCUGUCAAUACAUUGAGCAGAAAUUCACAGGCCGAACAAACGACUUCUUACCUACAGGUUCUAGACAUGUACAAACGUCUGAAUGCAAGCCAACAAGCGCUCCUGCGAUCCGAACUUUCUGAUGAAAUAACUCAUGAUCAAACAGCCCGAAACACGACAAUUGUUGCCCAGUUAAUAGUACAGGCUGUACAUGAUGGCAUGCACUGGCUUCUGCCUCUUGACCAGAGGAGGCCUUGUCCUCCAGCCAUAGCCCAGAACUCUGCGUACAGAGAAGCCGUGGCAGCUCUGGUCACGAAGAUCACGCAGUACUUGGACAUGAUGAGGGCAACGUACCAGCAGAACCUUCAGUGUCGGGAGGUGCAGAUGAUGCGUUCAUGGCCGUCCUUUGGGCAAGAGGAGCUCAAGAAAAGACUAGAGGAACAAUUCAACCUGCAACGCAAGGCCUACGUCGACGAAUUCACGAGGCUGUCCAACGAGAGUCGGACACUUAGAGCUUCUCUGAAUCGCUCGGUGCAGACGUUAGCUGCAGUGAUGGCCCGGCACAAGCGUGAUCUGGAAGCUCUGCAGCAAAAAACCCACGCUCUUCAAACUACGAACGACUAUUACCGCGAACUAGCCUACCACGUACAGCGCUGUCAGGAGGGGCCAGAAUCCUUCACUGUAGCGCUGCAUGAACUUGGUCGCGAUAUGCAGGCUCUGGAUGAACAGAUGCUCGUGAUGGGCACACAUAACGUGCCGUGGCUGAACUGGGACCCUAUGGAAGCUUUUAGAGAUACAAUUCCUAGUGCAAAUAUAUUUCAAGACCAGAGUUCUGUUGAGGAAUAUGGCUUAGCACACACACAUCCAUGUGUUGAACCCGAUGCAUCUGUUGACGCUGAUGCAUCUGCUGACCCCGAUGCAUCUGUUGACCCCGAUGCAUCUGCUGACCGCGAUGCAUCUGCUGACCCCGAUGCAUCUGCUGACCUCGAUGCAUCUGUUGACCCCGAUGCAUCUGCUGACCCCGAUGCAUCUGUUGACCCCGAUGCAUCUGCUGACCCCGAUGCAUCUGUUGACCCCGAUGCAUCUGCUGACCCCGAUGCAUCUGCUGACCCCGAUGCAUCUGCUGACCGCGAUGCAUCUGUUGACCCCGAUGCAUCUGUUGAACCCGAUGUCCCAGCGGACACUGACACAUCAGCGACGUAUACAACAGCCACUGACACCUCAGUGGCUGACACCACAUCCACUGACGCCACAGCCACUGACACAACAACCACUGACACCACAGCAACUGACACUUCAGCCACUGCCACAACAGCCAGUGACACUUCAGCCACUGCCACAACAGCCAGUGACACUUCAGCCACUGCCACAACAGCCAGUGACACUUCAGCCACUGCCACAACAGCCAGUGAUACAACAGCCACUGACAGCUCAGUAGCUGACGCCACAACAACUGCCACAACAGCCAGUGACACCACAGCCACUGACAGCUCAGUGGCUGACACCACAUACACAACAACCACUGACACCACAGCCACUGACACCUCAGUGGCUGACACUACAGCGCUUACGGACCCAGCGUCAGCUGUGCUCUCCUUCACCUCCGCUGAGAUGUCGAAAUCUUUCACUGCCGCCACGUCGCUGCCGGGCGCUGUCGCCAGCCCCGCUAAGAGAGCGCUGCGUGUGAGUGUAGAGCUCGGGUCGUGCCAGCCAGGCGACGUGUGUCUGGUUGUGUGGGAUCCACAGCAUCAGCAGUACCGCUUCCUGCUGCACCAUAACUUCCUGCACUUCCUACACUCUGACUGCUUCCAGGAGCUCGGGCUUGACGCUGAACUGACGGGCUUCGUGACGCCCCUCGUGGCCGAGGUCGUUCAGAAGGAGUUCUGCGUGGCGCGUAAAGAAGGGAACCGAUUCCGCGUUCCGAUGGAUACGAAGUUUUACCGCGUGCAUGUUCGCCUUCCUGAGUGCGUGCGUCAAGCGUCGGCGAUGCCCACCGAGCCUCCCAUAUUCAACCCAUCUGCAUGCCUUCUGCAGUAUCUGUCCAUUGUGCAGCCGACCCCUCUUCUCCUCGCAACUUGUGACCAAAAGGAACUAGUGAGCAAGCAGAAGUUGCAACUUGAGUGCCUUAGGCAAAGCCUGGAACAAAAAGGUUCAUACAGCGACACGAUAUGCAGUGCUCGCAAAGGACACUCGGCUACAAAACUCAAGAAACGGAAAAGCAAGAGGAAAGACUCGGUCAUUGAAGAGUGUUCUUUGAGUAUAACAACGUCUACCGAUGUUACAUCGAUUGCUGAUUCAGAAGAAUCCUUUGGUUGUAUCCCCAAGGUGCGCUUUACUCUAGGAACUCAAGAACAAAUUAGUCGGGAUUCUUCUAGCAUGAGCGUUGCUAUCCGGGCUGCUCCUAGGUUAACCGUCAUGCGAGAAGAUUCCAGUAGUUUAGAUUUGUGCUUGAAAUCACGUGUCGCCCCUCGUCUUUCCGCUCUUGCAGCCACAGCUACUGUGGGAGAACCUCAACCUGACACGACGGAACUCCGUCGUUCUCAUUCUGCUAAUUCUUGUCCGGCGAGUGCAACAUGCGAAACCUCCUCUAUUCACACCGAGGCCUCCGUGCUUGAGUCUUUGGCGGCCACCGAAGACGCGUCAUCAGCUGAAGAAGCAGACGAGUCUUCAGGGCUGGCGACCCCCGGCGCCGAACUCGGACCAGCUGAGGGGUCAUCAACGGACCACGGCCGACAACAGAUGUCUUCACAGACGGCAGCUAACCCCUCUGAUAUUUGCGAAAUAGAAUGAUCGAAGUGAGAUCUAGAAUGAUUGAAACAAAUUUUAUUUAAGCUAGUAAUUCUCCAUUGGACAGUUUUUCAAUUGCAAGUCAAAUAGGAAUAGAGGUCUCUUUUUCACUCUUAAAUGAGAGUACAUUUUAACGUGAAGAAUAGCAACACUUUUCGCACAAGCUCGAUCAAACUCGCCUAAUCGUUAUUAUAAUUGCUAGCACAACGACAGCCUGUUGGAGUUAUAUAUUUUAUUACAGGUACAAUGUUUCAUAGUAUUUAACUCUUGUCGAACUGUAUUGGCACAACUGCCUACUCUCGAUAUGGUUACAACAUUGUAAUGUUAUGCAGUCUGACAAGGGCUAAACUCAGUUUCGCUGCAGGUCCUAAUGCUGCUUUGUGACUAUGUAAAGCAUUAGUGGCGUCGUAAUGAGUCGCCUGUGUGUUGUGCAGAUUUAAACAUCACGAGUACCUUUUUAAUGUCUAAUAACGUAAUAAAUUAAUUGAUUAUAAUAAACUAUUGAUUCUGCUUCAAUGGCGCAUCUUCAAUAACGAUAAAUGCGAAAGAAAUAUUACCAUAAUGCAGCUGUACUGUUUCGUUUUCGCUCCAGUUUUGUUUCUUUGACUAAAAAAAUUCAUCGCAUUGAAUGUUUCUUAAGUUUUUAAAUCUUCCUGAAAUGUUCUUUUAUGACUACAAUUUAGGUGCUUCUCCUUUCGGCUGCUGACUUAUUCUGAUUUUUUUUUCUCGGAAAUUCCAUGUUUCAUAAAGAAUUUGGUCUAGUGACUAAAGCGGAAGUAUUCUCAAUUCUUCACACAUUUCUUUCACGGAAGGUAUAAUUUGAUUAAAUUGGAAUAUUUAGCUGCAUGAGUGCUGAGAAUUUUCUGAUUUCCCAGCGUUUGUAUGUGAUGAUGGUAAGCUGACAAUAUUUCUAGGUUUGUUUUAUUCGAAUCAUUAUUGGUGUACAAAUCAGGAAUCUGGAUUCUAGAUACCUUAGGUAUACUGUCUAUGCCGCGGAUGUGUUGAAGAAAUGCCUUGAUUUACGUAACUCAUCUCUUUUAGCUAUUUAAUGGUUUAGAUUUAUAAUGAUGGACAUGCUGCGUUCAAGUUGAAGGCAGGACUUAGAUUUUUAGUUGGAAUUUAGGAUUGCAACUCGGGCACCCGACUUGAUGUGAAGCUAAAAAAGUCAGUGAAGAUGAGAAGUCACAUUAUUCUUAAUGUAAGCUUUAUAUGCUAUUUUAUUUUCUUUCAAAAACAGUUUUGUGACGUCUUUUAGAGUCUUGAAUGUCAUGCUAGCGUGACCCACUUCUAGAUCUGCCCUUCUUUGUUUCUCACGUCAUUUUCGUUUAAUUUAUUUGUUUGUCAGUUUGAUAUAUAGAAUAAUGCUUCUCAAUGGUUUGAUCUGUGGAAGUAUUCAAGGUGCACAUGAUUGGGUUAUGUCUUCUUUCUUCUGAGUGGUCUGGGGUCUUCUGAUGCAUGUUGAUGCUCGUCUGAAGUGCUAUGGGAUUUUCUCUCCCCUUGAGGAAUUGUUCCUGAGCCUCAGAGCUCUGUGUAUCUGACGGUGGGUCUCAGUUGCGGGAUUGUUGUUAUGUAGGCAGGGUUCUUUGCAUUUAUCUUCUCUGUCUCUUCCCUGCAGACGACCACGUCUAGGCGACCCCUUGUACGAGUGUUUCAUUUUCUUUCGCUGUUUACCAGUCACUCUUAAUAUUUAGUUUCGUUAAGGUGUUAUACGCUGUUCAUUUUCGGUUAGUGUUCGCUUAGGUGUUCUUUUUCGUCAGCGAUAACUGGUCAGCCAUUUGAGAACAUUCACCUCUUGUGGGUGAUAAAUUUUUUUUUUCGCUUUAAUUGAAAAUGUUGUGCUAAUUUAGACCUUCCACCUCGUUGGUGAUGUUAAUUAUUGACUUGCGUUGCGGGAAACUUAGUAGCUGAAGCGCUUGCAAACCAUGUGCCUAUUAAACUAUUGACUUGAAGUGUUCAGGAUUUUAAAAGUUGACUUUCUCAGUUUUUACAGAUCCACCAUUUUAUUUCUGCGCUCAAUAAGAUUCUAUGAUCAAUAGGCUUGUGUUGAUCUGAAAGAAGCUAUGAAUUCUGAUUGCUUGGUCUUUCUUAGCGUUUUUAAGAGGGGAACUAAUAGUUCUGAUGGAGUGGACACGCAUAGCAUUGUCAGUAUUGAUGUAGAGCUAGAUUUUAACGCUAGAACGUUUGUCGUCAUUUAUUUUUGGGAGGUACAUUCGUUGACUGUGACACCGAGGAAAGUCACUGUAGGGUUCACUGUUAGUGAUGUUUUCUAUUAUUAUUUUUCUAUGGGGAGCAUGAUUAAUUCAUUUUAUUGUCCUUUGUCAAAGAUCACGUUUGUUGAGGAAGGAACGAAUGAGCCUCUGACAAUCUCAUUCUCUUAUUUUUAGAGCUUUUUCGUAUUCUAAGUUUAGUUCUAAAUUUUGUUUUAAAGUUCAGUGAGAGUCUCGCGACCAUGCAGAGUUGAUUGUCGUGAAAUUAGUGUUCUGCAGGCUGGUCAGUCUGGUCACCUGUAAUUUCCUUAAUACCGAAUACUUUAAUAAUGUUUUGAUCUCGCACAAUCUGAGUUGACCUGUCUAAAGAUUCACGUCAAUUCAAAAAUGUGGUAUUAGAAAUCAUUAAUUUGAAUGUAGACUGUAUAAUUUGAUUUAAUUUGAAUAGUCAGCUGCAUGAGUGCGGAGAAUUUCAUGAUUUUCCAGCGUUUGUAUGCAAAGGUGGCAAGCUGACAACAUUUGUAGGUUUGUUAAUUGAAUAAAAUAAGGUUAGGUAUUUUCUGUUGGGCACUGGAUAAGUUGCCUUAAUGGAAUUGAUUAUUCUUUUUAGUUCUUAUUUGCGUAUCACUCAAGCAUGAGAGAAGUUACUCAUCACAACGUAUUCAAUUCUCAUCAUUCGAGUGCUAAUGCACAUGUGGUCAUAAUCUAUAACUUUCUGACGCCACGUUUCAGCUCGUGUUGAGUAAGCGGUACGCGUAAGAAAUUUGUAUUAAUCUAGAAUGUAAGUUUUCAUUCAACCUCAAGUAAUUGGGUUGACAAUAUUUUUAAGAAUUUUCAUAAGAAUUUUAGUCUUGGUAUUGCGUCAUUUCAAGUUUCAUCGGAAGGCGCGAUCAGCUUGGCACAGGCGGCCAUGCACGGAAAUUCUUUCUAAUAAAAGGAAACAAU